AUUCGUGAUAAAGAAAAACGGGAUAUGACACACAUGGCGAUUAUUCAAAUGUUACAAAAAGAAUUAAGCCAACUAGAAUCAUUGCAUGAAGAUAAAUCGAAAGGAUUAGAAGAGAUCAAAAAAGAAUUUGCGAGAUUAGAAUGUAAUCAUCGUGAAACAUUGGAAAUUGUUGAAGAAUUAAAAGAUGAGAUUAAAAGAUGCGACUCUCUUCAACAAGUAAACACGAAAUCAUUAAAUACCAAUAACCACACUAAUGUCUCUAUGACAGAAGAUGAACUUGAAGAAGAUGAAUUACUUGUGAUUAAAAUGAUAGAAGAAAAACAUGAAUCAUCUGAAGAAGAUAAUAAUGAGGAAAUACAAGAACUUCAAUUAAAAAUUGAAGAUCUAACUGCAGAAAUUGAAGCAAAAAGUCGUGUGAUCAUUGCACUUUUGUGUCCUUCCGUAGAUACAAUUAAAAGAUUAGAAGAUGAAUUACAAAAAGCUCGAGAAUCUUAUAAAAUUUCAGUUGACGAAUUAAAUUCAAUCUCUGAAGAUAGUUCACAAGAAGAUUUAGCAAACAGAUCAAAAUUGUUAGAAGAAGAAAUGAAAAAUCUCGAACUUAAACUGUUGGAAGCAAAAACAAUACAAAAAAAUUCAACGCCAAUGAUACAGAAAACAAUUGAAACUCUUGAAGCAAAUAUAUCUACACUUCAAGAAGAAUUAUCAAAUAAAUCAGAGAUCAUUAAAAAUUUACGAAAUGAAUCUGAAUUGAUCAAUGAAUUGAAAGCAGAAAUUGAAACAUUAAAAUCAGAUAUAAAAGACAAAUAUGAGCUCAUUGAGACGUUGAAAAUAGAUCUGAUAGAAAAGGGCGCCAUUGAACAAAAAAUUCGGGAAAAGGAAGAGGAAGCAAAUUUAUUGAAAUUAGAUAUAACUAAACAAGAACUUAAAGAUGUCAAAGAUAAAGAAAUUUUUACACUCGAAAGAUUGAGAACAUUGGAUGAAGAAGAGGUUAAACUGAAACAAGAAAUACAACAAUUACAAAAUCUUGAGAAGGAGCAAACUGAAAGAAUUAAUGAAUUAGAAAUUAAUUUGAAACGUCAAAACGAACUCGGAAAUGA